GUGGACUCUGCACGACACAACAUAGAGUUAGAUGUGAACUCGAUACAAGCGGACUCCUGAAACACUGUGGCAUGGGAAACGGGAUCAAUAAGGUUCUGCCAGACCUGUACUUGGGUAAUUUCAAAGAUGCCAGAGACAGGGAGCAGUUAGCCAGAAACAACAUCACACACAUCCUCUCCAUCCAUGACACCGCUGCGCCCAUUUUACAGGAGAUGACUUAUCUUUGUAUCCCAGCAGCAGAUUCGCCCACGCAAAACCUUCUGGUGUUCUCCAGUCUAGCCGGCGUGUCGCGCAGCGUGACGCUGGUGGUGGCGUAUCUCAUGACCGUCACGACUCUGGGAUGGCAGGAGGCUCUGGCUGCGGUGAAGGUGGCCAGACCUUGUGCUUCACCAAACAUGGGCUUCCAGAAGCAGCUGCUGGAGUUUGAGACCAGCCAGCUACAGCAGGUGACUCCUCCUCGCUUUACGACUGGAAAUAGUGUGGCACUAUCUUCACAAACAUGGCAGCCAUAUCAACUGACCUGGAAUUAUGUCAGUGGCCCUUCUAAAUAACCCUGU